CGCCAUUUUCCUUCUUGAAGUCAAGGAAGUCUUGUCAAGCAAAGCAUUACGUUGCGAUGGUGGUUUAUAUUUUGUUAUUCUAGCAUCAUUUUGUGUGUUAUUUAUUUGUGAAUUCCUUUAGUAAUUCAUUAUGGGUUCUCAGAAACCUGAAAAUAAUGUUUCACACAACAAGACAGUGACCAAACCUUAUGGAAAAAUAGUGUUAUCGUUGAAGAAUUGUUUGCUACCUGAAUUCAAGCUAUCGCCCACUCCAUCAAAAUUAGAUGGAUUGGAUUCAGAAACUGAAACUGAUCUUCGAAUUCUCGGAUGUGAAAUGAUUCAAACUGGUGGAAUACUAUUGAGAUUACCUCAGGUUGCAAUGGCAACUGGUCAAGUCCUUUUUCAAAGAUUUUAUUAUUCAAAGUCUUUUGUGCGCCACCCCAUGGAAACCACUGCUAUGGGGUGCUUGUAUUUGGCUUCGAAAAUCGAGGAAGCCCCUAGACGAAUAAGGGACGUAAUGAAUGUGUUCCAUCACAUUAAACAAGUCAAGAGUCAAAAAACUAUCCAGCCGAUGCUAAUAGAUCAACACUACAUCAAUUUGAAAAAUCAAGUGAUCAAGGCUGAGCGCAGAGUUCUGAAGGAGCUUGGAUUCUGUGUGCACGUCAAGCAUCCUCAUAAGAUCAUUGUUAUGUACCUGCAAGUAUUAGGAUACGAAAAGCAUCAAUCGAUUAUGCAACUGUCAUGGAACUACAUGAACGAUGCACUGAGAAGCGAUGUGUUUGUGAGAUACGACCCGGAAACGGUGGCAUGUGCUUGCAUCUACCUGUCAGCCCGACGACUGCGCAUCACGCUGCCGAAGCGACCGCCCUGGUUCGGCCUGUUUGGCAUUUCCGAAGACCACAUUGUCGAUGUGUGCAGGCGAAUUCUACGGCUCUACCAACGGGGAAAGGUGAAUACUGAGGAACUGGAAAAGAAAGUGGAAGAACUGAGAAAAGAGAAUGAAUUAAGGAACAACCAUGUUGAAAAGCACCAAAGAAGUAGAUCGAGAACCCGGUCGAGGUCACCAAGAUCUCAUUCACCUCAGUCCAGGUCCAGAUCACGUUCAAGAUCAAGAAGUCGUUCGCCCAAGCAUAAAAGAUCAAAGAAGCACAGCCGAGCACGAUCCCGGUCCCGAUCCCGUUCCCGUUCUGUAGAAAGAAGGCUUAAGAAAUCACACAAGUCCAGACGUUCUAGUUACACCCCUAGUCCUUCGCCCACAUACAAUUACUCACGCAAGCGGUCUAGGGACAAGUCACGUUCAAGGUACCGAUCUCGCUCUCGUAGUCCCAGUGUCUAUGACAAGUAUUACAGUGAUAAAAAAUCAUCGCGUCUGAAGCACAGAGACCCCUAUGAAACUAGCAGCGAAAAUAGAGUACGCAGCAGGCAUUGAUUUGGCGAUGGAUUAGUUUGUGGUAUGAUUAUUUUCAUCUCCUUGUUCUCUGCCAUAUUACCAAAGUACUGAACUACAAAUCCGGGUGAACUGUUCCAUGCAAAUAGAUAUUGUCAUUGAAUAAGUACCAUAGAGCAUUUACUUGAAAAUUUGUGUGAUUCAAUUUCAUCAGGGUGAUUUUAUAUAUAAAACACGUUUUAUUGUGAGGACACUGACGACACGUGAGGUUCUCUUGUUUAAGAUAUUCUUCUGCAUAACUGUUGAUUGUGUUUGAAAAAGUAUAAUUGAAUAGCCUCUUACAUUUCAUUAAAAGUUCAUUUUUUAUAAUUUGUUACAUAUUCAACAAGGAACAGUUGAUCUGUUCUCGUUAUGGAUUAUUCUUCUUUCCAAAUCGUUCUGGGUUAAUUGCAAAUAGAAAAUUAGAAUUCUAAUUCUAUAAGUUUCUCUACAAAUAUAAUAUUAUGAAAGCUUUUCAAGAGCAGGUUGUAUGGUUUGACCUUCAGUUGCCAUAUAUUUUUAUGUACUUAACAUGUAACCUUACAUGGGUAGGCUAACCAUUUAUGGGUAGGCUAGUCUCAUGCAAUGACGUCAAACAGUGACCUGAGCAUAAAUGAGUGCAACAUGCAGUCGUUAGCGUUGGAAUACCUCCUUUAUGACAACAUUCAUUUAAUAAUUUCAAACCAAAUUUUAUUACUUAAAAUAAUAUUUAUUUGCUGUUCAAUUGCGCUUUCAAUAUACCGUAAUAUAUACGGUACUCAAUAUACUUUUCAUUCAAUAACAGAUUUUUUUCAACAAUACAUUCAUAUUGUAAAUUAUCAAAUGAAUCAGGUAUACAAUUUUCAAUCAAUAACGGUUUGAGACCAGAUUUAUUAAUCCAGAUGAGGAUUAACAUAGAUACUUGAUUUUUGUCCAGAUUUUUCUAUAGAAAAUAUUCAAUGUGAUUUCUAGGGCCAAUGGAAUACCUAUGUGAAAAUGUUUUCAUACUUCAAUAAUUGUAAUAAACUUAUGGUAGUUUAAGUUAUAUUUUUAAUAAUCAGCAUAGGAGGAUAUAAAAAGCUGAAAGAUGAAAUAUUACCAAUUUAAAAUUAUUGUGUUUAAUAGAGUUUCACAUGCACAUGAAUAGAAUUUCUAGGUGGCUCACUGAUUGGCGUCAUGAGUUAUCUCGGCAAAUAGAUUUUAACUGACCUAUCUGUCAAGUCUAUAUAGUAAAAAUGUAUACCUUGCUUAAAAUCAAUUAAUUCAGGGCUAUCUUUUCCAUUGAUGUGGCUACAUCUUUACGAUCAUCUCUACUACUCAUCUUUCACGACUGUUCUUCCUUGAAAGAACUAUCUCGAUUCAAAAAUUUUCAAAUUUUGAAUGAUGUGAUUUUUUUAAGGAAUAUUCUCGUAUAUUGAUUUUAUUCAAUUUAGAAAGUACCUUAUAUCGCAGAAUAUAUUGAAGAAAGGUUACUCGACCAGAAUCCUGAUGCCGAUCCGACAUUUUUAAAGGAACUAAAUUUUCACCAACUUAACAAAAUAAUCUAUGAGCAAUAAUGCGCAUGCGCAUUAGGCUAUGUUACUGUUGCCUUUUGCUCAUCCUCGUCAUUCUGAUUCGAGAAGCUGCUACAGAUUUAAUUCCUUCCAAAAUGUUGUCCUGGUGCAGAGUGAAUCAUUACAGUAUAUUUGUUAGAUAUGGGUUUUAUAAUUAUUUCUUCAGAAUGAUAAAACAUUUUAUGAUCUUCAUCCUGAAGAUCUACAUUCCCUAUUCGUUUUCUCUUAUAUAAAUUUCUUCAGAUUUGAAGAAAUUUCAUACAUAUUGAUAGAAUAAAGAUUACUCGUAACAGAAAUAUUGAAAAUUGGUACUGUAAUAUCAACAUUACCUGUAUUGAAUACGCUAGUUGUAUUCACUUCAUUACUAGUGAAGAAGAUUGGUUAUUAUUGUUCACAUUCGACUGAAGUCCAACCUUUCCCUCAUAGCAAAGCAAGAGUCCUUUUUGUUUGCUUACUGGUUAAUUUUAGAAAAAAACUCAAAUUCACUAAACUGUCAUUUAUUGAUAAUUCAUUUUUUGUCAGUAAUGCUCUUAGCGUCCAAAAAUCGACCAUUUUAUUUGAAUUCUGUUAAAUUUAAUGAACCAAUUGUACAAAUCUCGAAAUAACCACAAUUUUAGAUGUAAAUAGUUAUAAUUUAUUUAAGGAUGAAGCAUGUUAGUAAAUUGAUUAUGUAAAUAGAUUGAUUUUAUAAUGAAGCCUAGAGAAUAAAUAAUUGUGAAUUUAUUUUUUGGAAAUUAAAUUUUACAUUGCAAUUGA